UCGUCGUCAUCACUCUGCGCCUCUCCAGUCAACAUGGCGCAGCCCCUCGUCGAGCAUGUUGUGGCCGACGCUGGAGCUUUUCUGAAGCGAGCUUCUCUGCAGAACUUUGGCAAGAACAUCUACACCCUCCGGGAUGUGGUGAACGAGAUCCGGGACAAACCCACCCGGAAGAGUCUGGCCUUCCUGCCCUACCAGCUGACCUGGAAGGAGCCGAGCCCGGAAUACGUGCGCCUGGUCACAGACUUCUCCAAGAAGACGGGAGACUAUCCCAGUCUGUCGGCCACCGACAUCAAGGUCCUGGCUCUGACCUACCAGCUGACGGUGGAGCACGUGGGCUCGCAGCACCUGAGGAAGGAGCCGGAGAUGAAGCUCAACGUCUGCAGCACACAGCGCCACCCAGAGACUCCCGUCAACAUGGCAGGCUUCCAUCUGCCCUCCAAGAACAAAGCGGAGGAUCUGAAGCUCCGACAGAAGGUGGCGCCGGCCCAAUCCGAACCUCCCUCCAACACCGCAGCGUCCGACUCACAAGAGGACUCCUUCAACAGCUUCCAGUUCUGGAGGACGCCGCUGCCGGCCUUCGAGGACCAGCUCCUGGACCUGCUGAAACCUUCAGAGGACGAGGAGGAGACGCCGCCUGUUCCCGCCGCAACUGACGGCGACACCUUCAACAGCUUCCAGUUCUGGAGGACGCCGCUGCCGGCCAUGGAGGACCAGCUCCUGGACCUGCUGAAGUCCAGCGAUGCCUCUGAGCCUGUGGAGAAGACCACGCCUGCAGACGACGACGACGAUGAGGAGGAGGAAGAGGAGGAGGACGACGACGAAGGCUGGAUCACUCCCAGCAACAUUGGACAGGUGAAGAUGGACUCUGCCGACUGGAGAACGCCAGCACAAGUCAAAGUCGGGUGUUUGACCACCGAUUUUGCCAUGCAGAACGUUCUGGUCCAGAUCGGCCUCAACGUUUUGUCGGUGGACGGAAUGUUGAUCAAGCAGGCGAGAAACUACAUCCUGCGAUGCCACGCCUGCUUCAAGAGCACCAGCAACAUGAGCAAGCAGUUCUGCCCCCACUGCGGCAACAAGACACUGAAGAAGGUGGCGGUGACGCUGAGCCAGGACGGCAGCCUGCAGAUGCACUUCUCCAGGAACCCCAAAGUGCUGAACACGCGAGGACUCCGGCACUCCCUCCCUCUGCCACAAGGGGGCAAACACAGCAGCAACCCUCAGCUGGUGGAGGACCAGCGCUUCCCGCAGCAGCGACUCUCCCAGAAGGCCCGGCAGAAGACCGACGUCUUCGACCCGGACUACGUCUCCGGCUCCUCGCCCUUCUCCCAGAACGACAUCUACAGCCGCGCCGCCAGCCUCCACCUGCGGGACGGGCAGUGCGGCGCCGGCAGGAGGCGGGUCAACCCCAACGCCAGCCGCAAGAAGUUCGUCAAGAAGAAGUGACAUGGCCGUUUCGGAUCAGAACAUUAAACUGGAGAAAAAAAAAAUCCCCCCCCAAAUAUUUUUAUUUGUUGUUGCAAUAAAGAAAUAUUCGACCAAAGCUUCCCUCACUGCUGAGG